UUGGGAUUUUGAGAUGUUUAUUUCCACUAUUCUUUUCGUGACCUGUUUGGUCGCCAGCAAUUUUCCGCAAAAAGUCAGAGCCUCGUGCAACCCUAAUCCUUGUUUGAAGGGAGGCAUAUGCAAAGUGCUGGGAAGAGAAAACUCGGAACAAUGGCAAGUGGAAUGUAGAUGUCCCCUUCCAUGGGCAGGUACUUACUGUCAGGAGAUUCUUCUACCACCCUGUCGCUUCAAUCCCUGUCAAAAUGGAGGGACUUGUUACUUUUCCCAGCUGUAGCGUUCUGAAAAAUGUCUGUGUCCUUUCCCUUCCCAUGGCAAUCAUUGUGAAC